AUGGCCGAUCGAGCAACUGGACCUCCGGGUGGGGAGUCCAGCCGACAAGGAGCAAUGGGCCUUUCGGAAGGGCCAGAUGACGAGAUGUCGAGCAUUUUAUUUGACUUAAACGAGCUGCUAUACGCAAGGCUAGAUAGUGAGAUCACGGCCCGAGCGAUGGGCUAUAGCCGAAUUUUCGAAAAACUAGGACCGAGUAGCAAUAAAAACGGUCUUGAGAUCAUUAUCGGACUAGACAAUAAUCGAGGCUACGGGAGCUACACGCUAAAAGAGGACCCGCUAAAACCUGAAAGAUUCGGAAACGGACUUCUAAAGGACUUCGGAUCCGGAAAUGAGCUUCUUAAGGACCUUGGAAGAGGACGGACUACCGGCAAUUAUAUCGGUAACCUCGUACCGAUCCGACUACUAGCUAAGCACGGCACGCUUGCGUACGGCACUUUAAGCGCCUUUGACGAUGAUAAAGACGAUUUCCUUAAGCUAAGAGCAACGGACCUUCACUUAAGGGCAAAGGAGUUGGCUUUGUUUGCAAGAAGCUUUCUUAAGGAAUUGAAGUAUUCGAGACUCGACGAUGACUUUAAGACUUAA